AAAGAAGCAGUAGUUGUCCUCUCUGCCGCAUCAAUCGUAGGUAUAUAUAUUGUAUGCCCCCGAUAGCUCCCUCUCAGGCCUCGUACACCUCAAUUCCUUCACUCACAGCUUUCACAAUGUUGUUCUCCAUCUUCGCUCUCGCUGCUGUCAGCGCUGCUGCCGCCGUACCUGAUGCAGCCCAUCUGGACGCACGCCAAACCUGCCGCAUCGCCACUCAAGCCGAACUCCAAGCAGCACGAGAUGCCUUUCUCCGCGAGGAGAUUAUUCCUCCUACGCCAGCUCAGUUCGAUCGCAGCACUCCCAACUUGAUUCCAGAUUUUCGACCCAAGAGUGCGUUGAGCGUGUCAUAUGGCAACAAGGCCGUGGAACUGGGUAAUAUCUUCUCUACUCUUGAGACCAUCAAUGCACCUUCGUUCAGCUUCACAGCCGAGCCCGACUUUGGUAAAUACUUUCUCCCAUUUUUUCACGCAGUAUUUUUGAUAGCCACGACAUCUCUCUCCUCUAACAUCCACCGUCUAGACCCCACAACCACCAAAUACACCCUUAUCAUGGCCGACCCAGACGCUCCCAAUUCCCAAACCCCCAUCCUCGCUCCCUUUCUCCACUGGAUCGUCAGCGACGUCCAACCCGACUGUGUACCCGGCCAGAAACGUCUCACAGUCGCCCCAUACAUGUUCCCCACCCCUCUCUCCCUCGCGCCUCAUCUCUACACAUUUCUCAUCUAUCGCCAACCGCGCAACUACGUUCCACCUGCCAUGCUGCAGAAUCUACCUGGUUUGCGAGCGAGAUUUCCUUUGCAGGAUUAUGUCAAGCAGAACAAUUUGACGGGCCCGAUUGCGGGGAAUUUUUAUCAGGAAGGGUUGGAGAAUUUGUUGGGAUAGAUGGCUAGUUAAGGUAUAAACAAACGCCUUCCGUUUCCCACUACAAAUUUUGUCUUUUCUCAUAUCAUGCAUGCAUGCAUGAGGGGUCAUUAGAGAGCUAGUAUUAGUGUUCCGGUCAUUCUGGUGGUUGUGGUGCUGCUGCAAGAAAUCCGAGGGCUGGCUACAGUAACUAAGCUCAUCGAGGUGCUGCUCUGCUUUCCUACUCUGGAUAGCUCGGAAUUUGUACAUAUCACCUAAAUAGAAGAAGGAGCGUUGUUCGUCUUGUUGAUAGCUUCCCAAUCUGGUCCGGCAGCGGCGCCGCUCGUUGCUCCUACACCACCAGUAGUAGUACCUCUGCUCGCAUCUACAGGUAGACCAGCAUGUGGUUGAGAUGCGACGUUCGCGGUGUCCUGUUGGUAUGUCGAUGGAGUGACAGCAGAGUCGGUUGCGGUCCCGGCUGAUGUAGGUGUGCCAGCGGCAGUGACAAGAGGAUGAUCGAGAGGUCCAUUUGCUGUGUUCUCCUUGAUGUGCAUGGGACCGGCGGGAUCUGAUGAUGAUGACGAUGAUGUAGUCUCGUCCUUGUCGUCCUUGUGCCUGUGCAAGAUGCGAUUAAUCAGUGAAGGCUUCUUCUCCUUCUCUUCCUUCUCAUGAAGCUUCUCCUGUUUCUUCUCUGCCUUCUCUGCGGCAUGGCGACGCUCCUUGUCAUCUUUCUCGUGCUGUUUCUGGGCAUGGUGGUGCUGCUUCUCAAGCUCUUUCUCGUGGUGCUUCUCUUCCUUGAUGUGCUGCUUCUCGAGCUUCUUGUCCUCGGGAGAUGGCUUGUGAAGUUUGUUGUGCUUGUUUGGAUCUUCAGUGCCGUAAGCGGCAUGAGUGGUGUUGAGAGGAUCGUUGUGAUCGUGGGCUGCGGCAAUGGAGCCUGCACCCACUGCGCCGGCACCACCAGCUACAGCAGCGUCGCGACCAUGGUGGGUAUCAUCGCGAGUAGUGUCCGUCUUCAGAUCACGGGAGGUAGCUGGCACUCCUGUCAGAGCGAUGUCGGAUCGAGGUGUAGUCUGCCCGACGGUGGCGGGUGCUGGUCGUUGCGUUGUGCUGGGGUCAAAAUUCGAGCUCGAUGGAGCAGCAGCCGAAGUGGCUUGCUGCGUGCUGCCAGUCAAACCGGUGCUCUCUGUUGUUGGGAUGGUCUGGUCCCUAGUAGCAGCGUACGCUCCGCCUGCACCCAGAGCACCUGCACCACCAGCCACUGCAGCAUCGCGGCCAUAGUUGUGGCCAGCAGUGUUUGACGUCCCCACGCCUGAGGUUAGCGGGGCGCUGGUCUCGCGCUCGUGUUGCGCGAAAGCUGGAUCUUGAGCGCUCGUCGUUGAGCUUGUGGUCGGCCCUAUACCAGAUUGUCCAAUUGUGGAAGAAGGUUGAGUAGCAGCCGAAGUGACUUGCUGCGAGCCACCAGUCAGACCAGCAGUCUGUGUCGUUGGGUCGGUAUAGUCUCUGGUAGCAGCGUAUGCUCCGCCAGCACCUAGUGCACCUGCACCACCUGCGAUUGCGGCAUCGCGGCCAUAGUUGUGGCUAGCAGUGUUAGAUGUACCCGCACCUGUGCCCAGCGGGGCGCUGGUCUCGCGCCCACGUUGAGCGAAAGAUGGGUCUUGAGGGCUCGUUGUUGAGCUCGUGUUCGGCCCGACGCCAGAUUGUCCAGCUGCGGAAAGAGGUUGGUUUCUGCCCGAUUCAUAGGCACCAGCACCUAGAGCGCCAGCGCCCAGUGCACCUCCAGCCAGAGCCGCAUCGCGACCACUGUGGUCGGACGAGAUGGCGCCCUGUGCAGGGGCCACCGAGGGUUGAGCUGAUGAAGUACCCGCAGUGCUGGAAGAGACGGCAUGCGGAUCUUCGCCAGUAGCAGUAGGGAACUCGCCAGGUACAUGUGGUCCGUGAGAAACAGUAUCGCCUGGACUUCCUAUAUAAAAUGAGCGGUCCAGGAAAGUCGCACCUUGAACAUCAGCCGGCGCUUGGUUAAGCUGUGUUGUGCCCUCGUUGUUGUGCACACCACCAGAAGGAACACCGGUGCUAUGCUGGGAAGAUCCCAGAACACCAGUGUGAGAGUCGCCCGAGUGCGGUUUAGGCACAGACUGCCCAGCAGAUUCUCUCAAACUGGGUUCUGGUGCACCCACGGGGUUGAUGUGGCCCGGGAUAGCACUAGUGGUAAGAGGGUGGGAUCGCUCAGCGAGUGGCUCAGGCCCGGUCGUCUCGGGAACUCUGCUCUCGUUAUUGUAGUGAGAGGCACCGUACGCAGCGCCUGCGCCAACUCCUGCGGCACCAAGACCACCUGCAAUGCCAGCGUCGCGUCCGAGAUGAGACUCUUUGCCAAUCGCAGCGUGGUCUACUCCGGCUGUCCUUGUCGCGCUGGAACCAGCCAAGCCUGAUGUGGUGUUGUCAGUUGUGCUUGAAGUUAUGGGCUGACUACUUCCACCAGCCAGGCUAUUGUCACCGAGGGGCCUGCUUUGAGAAGAAGAGGCGGACCCGGCAGCUCCUGCGAGGAUAGACGUGCCCUUGUCUGGAUUGUUGUCAUGAGCUCUGUUCAUGACACUGCCACUUCCAGCAUCGCGACCCGCACCAUGUGAGCCUGACUGAUCUUGAGCGGCUUCUGUUUCAGUCCGGCGAUCGGCCAGACCAUCAGUCUGCCCAGCACUGGUGGUGUCGUUCGCGCGCUGACCAUACUGAUUCGCUGCAGCACCUCCAGCCCCGAGGGCUGUGGCACCUCCCCCUACAAGUGCAGCAUCUCUGCCGAAGUUGGAGUCGGAGGUCGCAUUUUCACGGAUUGGUAGGCUCGACUGGUUAUUCGAUGCCGUGGCCGAGCUGCCCAGCCCAGAAUUAUCAGAUGCGGUCGCAGUGGUGCCGUAUGCUGUUUCAUCGUACUUUUUGCCGCCUGGGUUCACGAUUUGCCUCAAUAUGCUGUGAUCCUUUGCAUCAGGGUGUGUUUCAAGCUUCGUAUUUGGGUCGACGGCGGACGAAGACGCAAGCGUUGUAUUUUCCUGGCUCGGUAGACUCGACUGGUUAUUCGAGGCCGUGCUCGAGCUUCCCAGCCCAGAAUUAUCAGUUACGGUCGCGGUGUUGCCGUAUGCUGUAUCGUUGUAGUUUUUGCCACCUGGGUUCACGAUUUGCCUCAAUAUGGUGUGAUCUUUUGCAUCAGGGUGUGUUUCAAGCUUCGAGUUGGGGUCGACGGCGGAAGAAGAGGAAAGUGCUGUAGAGUUGUUGGGAGCACCUUCACCGCUGACUGCAGGAGUACCAUAUGCAGUCUCGGCAUGUCUGUCCCCGGCUGGGUUCGCAGUCUGUUGCACAGUGCCUCCACUCUCUUUCUGAUGUCCCCCUUGUCCUCCAAUGGGGUAGGUAGUUGAGCUAUCCUUGCUGCCCGAAUUUGAUGCUGCCGCAUUCUUUAGUCUAUGUUCCUCGCUGCCGUACAGAACCUCGUCAUCCUUGUUCGAGCCAGGAGAUAGAAUCUUUUUGAUCUUGUCCAUGCUUGCGAAUAUUAGUGCUCCAGUGAUUUCUUUCAGAAUGUGAGUAGUCCACGACCAAAGAGAC